AUGGAUGCUUCCACUAUUGCUUUAGUGUUUGUCAAUGAGUUUGUGUCACGUUUUGGUGCUCCUGAUGGGUUGCAUACCGACCGGGGCAAAAAUUUUGAUGGCUCUUUGUUUCGCAGUGUUUGCUUUCUGCUUGGCAUAGAUAAGACCAGGACAACUGCGUACCAUCCACAGAGUGACGGUCUGGUUGAAAGAUUCAACCAGACGCUUGAGCGUGGCCUGGCGCACUAUGUCUGCAGGAAUCAUCGAGAUUGGGACAUCAAGUUGCCAGCCUUCUUGAUGGGAUACCGCUCGACGCCGCAGACUAGUACCGGCUACAGUCCAAGCUAUCUACUCUUUGGUCGGGAGUUAUGCCUACCUCAAGACUUGGCAUUUGGAUUACCGCCAGGAGAAGCAUCCGCAGUAUCGUCACAGCCGGAAUUUGUGAGUGCUCUCCGCCGACGCCUGGACGCAGUGUGGCUUCUGGUGCCGGCUAUUCCGACGGGUACAACCGCCAAGUUUUCUAGACUGUGGCACGGACCGUACCUAGUCGAGGAGAAGCUCUCAGCCGUCACCUACCGCAUCAAGCUGUCAGAGCCCACGGCACAUCGGCUGAUAGUGCACGUCAACCGGCUGAACAGUUGCCAUCAUGGACCGAGUCUGCUGCAGGAGGUCCACGAGCAAGAUGAGUCGGACCCACCGCAGCCCAUGGCAUCCACCUUGACUCCGUCCUACCAGCCUGAUACCACUGAUGCCACCGCCCGAGACGAGGAGGACACCGCUCGGGUAUUUGACAGUGCUCCGCCAGUUGGCCUGAUGGAAAGGCGAACCCCGCGUUCCCGCCAUCCGCCCCAGCUGUUUGGGAGUCCUGUGUGGCAUGAGUAA